AUGAAUCCUUUUGAUCGGCCUUAUUCGUUUCAUUAUGCACUGCAGGGGGAUGAAAGCGAGGCCCUGAAUGAUGGUCAUUCGCCCCAGAGUACUGGAUUCCCAAAUGAGCAAGGUGUCUCCCUACUCCAUUCGUCUCAUUCUUCUGCCCUAUCUCCCAGUCCCUUCGAAGACCCAGUCUCUUCGAGUGAAGUGACUCGUCGACCAUAUCCCCCUUCAUAUGCCGAGGCUCCCAACCCCAGACCACAGUCAAUGGAAUCAAUAGAUCUCCCUGAUCAUAUCAGAUUACACAAUCUUUCUAACCAGGACUCCGCUGUUUCCUCUUCCAAGGACUCGGGGCCACGACACAAGGGAAGUAGCAUCCGGCGGUACCCAACACGGCGAAUCAAGUUGACUCAAGGCUCAGUCUUGAGCAUCAAUUAUCCGGUACCGAGUCCUAUACGCAAUGCUAUCCAGCCCGAGUAUCGAGAUGCCGAGGGGGAACUUCCUGAGGAAUUCACCCAAAUGAGAUACACUGCUGCAACAUGUGACCCUGAUGAAUUCACGCUUCGCAAUGGUUACAAUCUCCGUCCUUCGAUGUAUAAUCGGCACACUGAACUUCUGAUUGCCGUCACAUACUACAACGAGGAUAAAGUACUGACUGCACGAACGCUGCAUGGGGUGAUGCAAAAUAUCCGAGAUAUUGUAAAAUUGAAGAAGACGGAAUUUUGGGACAGAGGUGGUCCAGCAUGGCAGAAGAUCGUCGUCUGCCUUGUCUUCGAUGGCAUGGAUCCCUGUGAUAAAAAUACACUUGAUGUUCUCGCAACCAUUGGCGUUUUCCAGGACGGGGUAAUGAAGCAAGAUGUGGAUGGAAGAGAAACGGUCGCUCAUAUCUUUGAGUAUACCACACAGUUGUCCGUUACCCCAAAGCAAGAGCUUAUACGCCCCUACAAAGACGACGCUAUGAAUCUACCCCCAGUACAGAUGAUGUUUUGCCUGAAGAAAAAGAAUACCAAAAAGAUCAACUCACAUCGGUGGCUGUUCAAUGCAUUUGGGCGCAUUUUGAAUCCUGAGAUUUGUAUUCUGAUUGACGCGGGCACAAAACCCGGACCUAAGUCUUUGCUAGCUCUAUGGCAGGCCUUCUACAAUGACAAGAACCUCGGCGGGUGCUGCGGUGAAAUUCACGCGCUUCUGGGUCACCGAUGGAAGAAGCUCCUCAAUCCCUUGGUUGCAGCCCAAAAUUUCGAAUACAAAAUCUCGAAUAUCUUGGACAAACCCUUAGAGAGCAGUUUUGGCUAUGUGAGCGUACUUCCGGGUGCCUUUUCCGCCUAUCGGUAUCGCGCUAUUAUGGGCAGACCUCUCGAGCAGUAUUUCCAUGGAGAUCACACACUGGCUCAAAAGCUUGGUAAGAAAGGAAUUGAUGGGAUGAAUAUCUUCAAAAAGAACAUGUUUCUUGCUGAAGAUCGUAUUCUUUGCUUCGAGUUAGUCGCCAAGGCUGGCAAUCAGUGGCAUCUCACAUACGUGAAAGCGUCGAAAGGAGAAACAGACGUCCCGGAAGCACCAGCAGAGUUUCUCAGUCAACGGCGGCGAUGGCUGAAUGGCUCUUUUGCGGCAUCGCUAUAUUCAGUCAUGCAUUUCAACCGGAUAUACAAGAGCGGGCAUAGUAUUGUUCGCUUGAUAGUACUUCAUAUCCAAUUGGUUUACAACAUCUCCCAGUUGCUUAUGACAUGGCUUUCACUCGCAUCCUACUGGCUCACAAGUUCCGUUAUCUUGGAUAUUGUGGGAACACCGAGUCCGACUAACAAAUUCCAAGGCUGGCCUUUUGGGAAUGAUGCUACCCCGAUUAUCAAUAAUAUAUUGAAAGUUGGUUAUCUGGCAUUCCUUAUGCUUCAAUUCAUCCUAGCUCUCGGAAAUCGACCGAAGGGAUCCAAAUUUCUGUACACGCUCUCCUUCCUCUACUUCUCUGUGGUCCAACUCUACCUCCUGGUUUUGUCGUUCUAUCUCGUUGCGCAGGCGAUGACUCCCGAGAAUCUCAGUUUUAAUCUCGAUGACGGCUUUUCGACAUUCAUAUCAGACUUUAUUAAUUCGACUGGUGGACUGGUUCUAAUCGCCUUGGUUUCAACAUAUGGCAUCUACUUCCUCUCUAGCAUACUCUAUGCUGACCCUUGGCAUAUGCUCACCUCAUCCUGGGCGUAUUUCCUUGGAAUGCCUUCUACGAUCAAUGUUCUGAUGGUCUAUGCAUUUUGCAAUUGGCAUGAUGUCUCGUGGGGUACAAAGGGAUCAGAUGCGCCCGAAAAACUUCCCUCGGCGCAAACCAAAAAGGACGAUGAAACGCCUUUUGUUGAAGAACUGGACAAACCUCAAAUCGACAUUGAUGAACAAUUCGCAUCCACGGUGAAGCGGGCCUUGACCCCCUGGCAAGAACCGGAGGAAAACGAAGGGGUGGCCCUAGACGAUUCAUACAAAGCAUUCCGAACGAAUCUAGUGUUGCUAUGGACCUUCAGUAAUGGUCUUCUUGCGUUGUGUAUCAACAACCUCAGCAUCAACAGGCUUUGCUUAACGUCGACAUCUACAGCUCGCACUGCGAUGUAUUUCAAAAUCAUUCUGUGGGCCACUUCUGGUCUCUCAAUUUUCCGAUUCAUGGGGUCUCUAUAUUUCCUAGCGAAGACCGGAAUCUUGUGCUGUGUUUCCAGGCGUUGA